AUGCCCGCUGUCGAGCCAGACGAUCCAAUGCCUGAUGACCCAGUGCCCGCUGUCAUACCUGGUGACUCGGUGCCCACUGCCUUGCCAGAUGACUCGGUGCCCGCUGUCGAGCCAGAUGACCUGAUGCCUGGUGACCCGAUGCCCGCUGUCGUGCCUGACGAUCCAAUGUCUGAUGACCCGGUGCCCGCUGUUGUGCCUGGUGGCCCGGUGCCUGCUGCCCUGCCUGGUGGCCCAGUGCCCUGCCCUGCCUGGUGGCCUGGUGCCCGCUGGCCGCCUGGGGGCCCGGUGCCCUCCGCUGCCUGGGGGCCCGGUGCCUGCCGCCCUGCCUGGUUGCCGGUGCCUGCUGCUCCGCCUGGUGCCCGGUGCCCCCCUGCCUGGGGGCCCGGUGCCCGCUGCUCCGCC